UAUACUAUGCGCUCUACAGAGCGACCAUCACGUCAAUCGUGUUGGUGAAAGGAUGCAUCAUCUGGCUAUUCCAAGGAAUGUCAAAAUUUAAUCUUUCGCAAGGUGCCACCAACACUUUACCUAUGGAUCUAUCUCUAUCUUGUCCCGCCUAAUCUCGACGUUUUCUUCGAAAUAUUGAAAAUUCCUGGUGUACAGACUUUGCAAUUUAAUUGUUAAGAAAACCCUCGCGAAAUCGAACUCUGUCAAUAUGUCGAGUGCACCUUUCCUUAGCUUAAUGAAACAAGAUUUCAAUAAUCCUUAUGCAAAACCUCUCGGACCACCACCUCCGCCGAUGGAUACCGGUAUUCAAUUGUAUCUUCCCAGACCUGAUCCAGAAGAUUGUAAAUGUGACGCUCACGGUUUAGAAAAUAAAAAAGCUAGGUACAAGCAGUUGGCCGAUAAGGAACGUCGUCUUCGCGAUGAGCUAAUAAAAGUUGAUCGUGAAAUGGUACAUCUCACGUCAUUAAUGUUGGAUAGUACUCGCGAUAUAGACGAAACAAUGAAGAGCAUUUACAAAAUAGAUUACAAAAAGAGAGGUCUGCCCGUUACGGAAUACAGAUCAUUAAUAGCAGCGAUAGACAAACCGAUUACGCCGGCAAUUAUCGAUAUAAAGGAUGCUUAUAGAGAUCCGAUCAAUAAAUAUUCGGCAAUGGAAAGGCCGACGAUUCAACCUGCCAAAAAGAUAGAUGUCUUAAAAGUUUCAGAAAUUUGUCCCUUCUGGGAUGAACCAUUUGCAGGCUCGUCAGAGUACAAAGAUACCAUCAGUAAAAUGGGUUUGACCAAUAUGAAAAAUCAACAGCGGUAUUUAAAACCUCUUAUUCCAUCGAGAAAAUUUGGCGAUUGCAAUUUAUCAAAGGUAGCGCAAAAAAGAAAUACAUAACGUAUAUAAAUGUUAU